GUCUGGCCGGCUGAGGCGCCGCCGCCCGCCGUUGGAGGAACCUGAGGCGCGGGGCCGGGAACCAAGGGGGGUCUGGACGGCAGCGGGCGCGAGGGCAGGCGUGCCCAGAGUGGUCGCGCGUGCGUCGGCCGCCGCCCCUCGGCCUUCCUCUUCGCGGGUCCCCUCCCUCUCCGCCGGGACGCGGGAGAGCCCGGCGCGCGACAGGGGCGCGAGGUGGAGCCGGCGGGGGCGGCCAAUGCGAAACUGGCUGGUGCUGCUGUGCCCGUGUGUGCUCGGAGCCGCGCUGCACCUCUGGCUGCGGCUGCGCUCCCCGCCGCCCGCCCGCGCCUCCGGAGCCGGCCCGGCAGAUCAAUUGGCCUUAUUUCCUCAGUGGAAAUCUCAUCAUUAUGAUGUGGUAGUUGGUGUGUUGUCAGCUCGCAAUAACCAUGAACUUCGAAAUGUGAUAAGAAGCACCUGGCUGAAGCAUUUAAUACAACAUCCGUCAUUAAGUCAACGUGUGCUUGUGAAGUUCAUAAUAGGUGCUCAUGGUUGUGCCGUGCCAGUGGAAGACAGGGAGGAUCCUUACUCCUGCAGACUGCUCAACAUCACGAAUCCGGUUUUGAACCAGGAAAUUGAGGCAUUCAGUCUUCCUGAAGACACCUCAUCAGGAAUUUCUGAGGACCGAGUUGUCAGCGUGAGCUUCCGAGUUCUCUACCCAAUCGUUAUUACCAGUCUUGGGGUGUUUUAUGAUGCCAACGAUGUGGGUUUCCAGAGGAACAUCACAGUCAAGCUUUAUCAGGCAGAACAAGAGGAGGCCCUCUUCGUGGCUCGUUUCAGCCCUCCAAGCUGUGGUGUGCAGGUGAACAAGCUGUGGUACAAGCCUGUGGAGCAGUUCAUCCUGCCUGAGAGCUUUGAAGGUACCAUCGUGUGGGAGAGCCAAGACCUCCAAGGCCUUGUGUCAAGAAAUCUCCACAAAGUGACUGUAAAUGAUGGCGGGGGCGUUCUCCGAGUCAUUACGGCUGGGGAGGGUGCCUUGCCUCACGAAUUCAUGGAAGGCGUGGAGGGGGUUGCAGGUGGUUUUAUUUACAUCAUUCAGGAAGGUGAUGCACUCUUACAAAACCUUCAUUCUCGCCCUCGAAGACUUCUUGACCACAGAAGUAAUCUCCACAGGGAAGACGCCUUACUGAGGGAGGAGAGCAGCGUCUAUGAUGACAUUGUUUUUGUGGAUGUCGUUGACACUUAUCGAAAUGUUCCUGCGAAAUUACUGAACUUCUACAGAUGGACUGUGGAAACAACCAGCUUUGACUUAUUGCUAAAGACAGAUGACGACUGUUACAUAGACUUGGAAGCUGUGUUUAAUAGGAUUGCCCACAAGAAUCUGGAUGGGCCUAAUUUUUGGUGGGGAAAUUUCAGACUGAAUUGGGCCGUGGACCGGACCGGCAAGUGGCAGGAGCUGGAGUACCCCAGCCCCGCCUACCCAGCCUUUGCCUGCGGCUCGGGGUACGUCAUCUCCAGGGACAUCGUCCACUGGCUCGCCGGCAACGCGGGCAGACUCAAGACCUACCAGGGUGAAGACGUAAGCAUGGGCAUCUGGAUGGCAGCCAUAGGACCUAGUCGAUACCAGGACGGCCUCUGGCUGUGUGAGAAGACAUGUGAGCCGGGCAUGCUGUCCUCCCCGCAGUACUCGCCGCAGGAGCUGACGCAGCUGUGGCAGCUGAAGGAGCGGUGCGGGGAUCCUUGUCGGUGCGAGGCAGCCGCGGGAGGGUUUUAACCGGCAGCGCUGCGGGAGCGGGCGCAGGAGCAGCAGGGCGAGCGGCCGCUGAGCGGAGUCCCCCGAGAGCCCGCGGUGGGGCAGCAGACGCCUGGCGGCCCGGGACAGUGCUCGGUUGGCACUUUUUACCUGUAACCAACGUGAUCUUUCUAAAUGUUUGCACAGAAUGUCCUUUUUAAAAAUCAGCUGAUCCUGUACAUAACAAAAAUUUUAUUUCUAUAUUGCAAGACUUUGAAAAACACCAAACUGUUUUAUAAAACAAAAAACAUUUCUAAAACCUGAUGUAUCAUUUCUAGUUUAUAAUUCAUUACCUAUCACUUUUGGUUAAAAUUGGCCUCGUUCAGAAAUCUUAGUAGCCAAGAAUGUGAAUUCCAGCCUGGAUUACGGAAUGGCCCUGUAAGGCAUAAUUAGGAAAAUUAAGGGCCAAAAACAACUCACAGAAUGCUGUGUGGUCACUUAUACCAAAGUUUGGGAAUGGAAAUGUCUGAAUGAAGUGGGCAACUGGAAAAGGAACCCAUAUAAUUCUCAGUUCUGGACCUUGGUUUUAAAGUUCACUUAUUUAUUAGGUGAGCUAAUUCCAGUUUUCUUUUGCCAUUUAACAUAGAUCCUGAAGGUCACAGUCUAGUACUAUUUUAAAAAAGCUAAAAUUCUGUGGCUGUAAAUCGAAUACCUCGCACGGUUUUAGUGAUGUAGGGAAAGGGUACAGCUAAAUAGUGGGCACUUAGAAAGAAUGAAUUUUUUCUUUCCUCCUGUCAUUGUGUAAUGUUUACCUAACCUAACUGAAUUCUGAUCAGAGAUGGAAAUCUUCUAUAGAAGAAUAUAUGCCCAGCUUAGGUACAACUGUAGGGAAAAGCAUAUAAUGUAUUUUUGUAAGUACUCUAGAAACAGUGUGACGGAGGGAAGAGAUCAUAGUAUACGUUACACAUUGAAGAGGUGGCUCCCUAAGUUUAAGGGACAUUUCCCAAAAUGACUAUCCAAAUCAAACCUUUUAAAACUAGUAGUAUCCAUAGAGUUCCACUAAAACUGGUCCUAUGACCGACAUUAUGUUCAGAUCUCAUUAGACUAGCUAGGUUCUAUUUAAUAUUUAAAUCUCCACAUACUGAAAUGUAUAGUCACGAACUAUAUGAAAUAAAAUCAGAAAAUCAUUAGUAGGUGCAAAGCCUUUAUUACUACUGUUAUAUACAAGCCUAGAAAUGGUCUCUUCCCAAUGAAAAAUACCACCUUUUCUAUACUUAGAGCAAGGUGUAAAACCUCUCUCUUUUUCUAACAGAACUGUUCCAAUAAAUCCUUUAUUUCCGGUACCCCCCCCCCCGCCCCGAGUCAGGAUAAACAGUGCAGUCCCCGAACUUUCUUAGUUCACCGUUACCAUCGCACCAAUAGACAAUCUCCACUUUCCACAGAAUAAAACUGUAAUGACUGCUGGUCAUUUUCUAGUUCAAUCUCUCUGCCAGGCAUCUACAAAUAGAACAGAGGGUUGGGGUGAUAAAGACAGAUCCGUCUUAAUACAUGUGCCCCCUCCCAAACAGAGGUGUAUGUUUCCCAUUUAGAAGCAACCCGUAUCACACUUGGGGGACAUAAGCCAACUCUGUGUUCUGCUGGGCUACUUACUUUGGGGCUUUCAUAGGACAGCAGAAGUUCCGACACAGGAACUUUGAGGAGACGGGCCAGCAGUCCCUUCACCUUCUGAAUUGUCAUGGAGUCUGUCAAGGAAAGAAACACCCUCAGUUCUCUCGAAUGACAGUUACGUGUAGAACUAGCUCACCUGCCAAGACCGCAGUCGCAACGAUUCACGGUACCCGGUUCCCCGCGGCAAUCAGUAGGGAGAGGCUCGCCCACCGCGUGGACCCGAGAGCCGGUUCCACACCGCUGACCUGACCUGUGGGAAGCUGUGGGGAACCGAGCAAGUGUCUGACCGAAGUGCCCUUUGACAGUGGCUUUUCAUACCAUUUCAGUGGUGGUGAAUAUUUCCUCCUGCAUCUGAAUAAACCAGAAAUCAUCUUCUCUGCAGAGAGGAGUAAAUGUGAGUUAAAAUCAUUCACUUUCUAAACCUCUGUGAUUACUCGCUCAUGGAUGGCUGAGAGAACACUGGAGUGGGGGCUCAGGCGUCCAGAGGGCGCCUCUCCAUCACUCUGCCUUGGUUUCCCCCUCUGUAGAGCGACGGAGGGACCGGCAGUCCGCAGGCUCCCUGCGAGCGCACGCAGGGGACCUGCUUCACGAGCAAAUGCUUUGGUUUGUUCAGAAAACACUAUGAACUUCUUUCCAAAGAUGGGUGGUGGUAAAUACUGGAUAUUUUGAUGAGAAACAGAGUUUCUCUGAAGCUUUAGCUGGAGGUACAGCAAUAGUAUGGUGUUCCUACAAAUACCACAUGUAUUCAAAUAUUUUUCUAUCAGAAAUGAUUUUUGUAAAGCUGUCUGUGUUUUUAUGCAACUU